CAUCGACCGCGUCGCGCAGUGCCCUCGAAGCCAACAUGCCUCCUUCACGUAUCGCCCGACAAUCCACAAUACGCGAGAACCCGCACGCACGCGACGGUGAAGGCGACACCGAGCCCGAGGAGGACGCGCCCACCCCGCGGCAGAUGCAGCGAACAAUGUCGAAGAAACGCCUCAGCGACGUCUAUGCCCCUGAUCACGAAGACAGCUUCACUUCCGACUCAGGUCGCGCACCCCUGCAAUCCGUUAACAUCAACGACGAUAUGGCAGAGAAACGUAGGCGCCGCAAGUCAGCCAAGGUUGCGAUGGCCGCUUCAAUAUCCGACACGGCCGAGGCAGGACCCUCUUCCAGCAGCGCGGCUGCUGAGCAGGGUGGUGCAGAGGCUUCCACAGGUACGACUGCGCAAGCCAGGCAGAAACAGCAACUCCUCUCUGUUGCUCAGGCCCCAAUCAUCAAUGUUCCCCUCGACGUGAUGAGCUCCAACUUUGAGGAGUGGAUGAAGAUGGCUACGGACAAUAAAAUCAAUGCAGCCAAUUCGUGGAACUUUGCUCUUAUCGACUAUUUCCAUGACAUGUCCCUGCUGCGUAACAACACAGACAAUUCUAUCAACUUUCAACGCGCGUCGUGUACACUCGAUGGAUGUGUAAAGAUCUGGACGAGUCGCGUAGACAGCGUCGGGACCGAGACCGGGAAGCUUCUUAGCAAUUUGGCCAACGAAGGACGACCGGGCGACGAUGACGGUGCAGCGUCAGACAACCCCGACGGUCAAGAGCCAGGACAAAGCCAGCGCAAGCGCAAGACUCACCGUCCGGAGUCUACGCUUGCAAAGAGCCUCACUCAGCUGCGGAGCAAGAAAUUGGACCUUGAAUUCACUGUCGAUCCUCUCUUCCGAAAGACUUGCGCAGAUUUCGACGAAGGUGGUGCUCAGGGUCUAUUGAUGAAUCACCUCAGCCUGGGUGAGGGCCCCCAAGGCUCUCUGCGCGUUGUCUUCGACGCAAGCGAUGCGAUGGGCGCGGCUGGCGAUGAAGACGAACCCCUGAUGGAGCCUGAAGACUUGGUGGAUCUCAGCUAUCUUCGCAAGCAGUUCUUGCCUGAUAUGGACGCCCUCGACGGCAUGGCAGUCUGUCAAUCGUUGGAGGGAUUCUCAUUCGCCAAAGACUUUUCAUUCGACGACACGACACUUUUCCGCGACCAGUCUCCCAACUUCGAUGAUGGUGGUGACGAUGACGAGCCAGAUGGUUUUGGUGGGGAUGAUCCGCAGGACUUGGCAGCUCCCAUGGAGAUGGACGGAGACCAGAAUGGGCCUCCGGUUGAGGAUUUCUUCGUAGGCGAUCAAGCAAUUACGGACGAUUACGUCCCCGGUGACUUCGCUCCUGGAGACGAUAUGGACCCGAACUCUCAGCCAGAUGGGUCAGAUGCUCCCUCAGGAGAGCGCGUUCAUACUGGCGCAUUCCGUGAUCUUGUCAUGGCCAUGACUGAAGGGGGUGAAGGCGGCCUCAUGAUGGAUUACUUCGACCAGAAUUUCCUGAAGAAUUGGGCGGGUCCUGAGCAUUGGAAGCUGCGUAGAGUUGUGAGAAGACCGGAAGCUUCUGAAGCAGCCCCAAAGCUAAACGCGAGAAGAAGGAGGCAUUCAAGUCGAUUUCUAACGCCUUCCGAGAAGGACCCCAAGACAAUCGCGAAGGAGCUCUUUGUACCCGUCACGCGCGGCGCAGGUAUAACAUUACCGGGUUCUUCCUCAGCCAAGGGGUCCAGUCGUAAAGGCAGCAAGAGGAAGUCUGCGAAAGACAAGGAGAGGGAACGGCGCACCGAUCAGACCCUCCCCGACGAUAUGCACUUCUCGAGUCGCCAGCUCGUGACAUUAUUCCUCAAGCCGGAAUUCUCUUUGAAGAUGCGUGGACGCCGUGUACAAGCACGGGGCGACGGAGAGAUCGAUGAGAACUUCUGGGCCCAAGCGGCUGCUGAGCAAGCGGCCGGACGAGCAGGAGAGGAUGGUGAUGAGUCCGCGAAUGACGGCGGGAUUCCGUUCAACACACAGUUCUUCCACGAUGAUUUCGACGAGGCAGGUGGUUUUGACGACGUCUUUGAUGGCGCCGACGGCGCGAAUGGCACAAUUAUCGAACCUGGAGAGCAAGAUCUCCUUGCUGCAACUCAGGGUCUAACGCGGCGCGUCCGUCCAGAGUUCGUGAACUACGCGAAGCGUGCGAAACGAGUCGAUGUCCGCAAGUUAAAGGAGAAUAUAUGGAAGGGCUUGGACAUCGUUGUCCCGAAAGCUGAUGACUUUGCUGAGGAAGACGAUGCUAUGGACGUUGACGACCGACCCGCGACCGAUCCUGAUGAACCUCGCGAGUUCACUUCGGUCAUCUCUGGAUUGCAGAAGACAUAUCCCAAAGACAAACUAGAGGAAAUCAGUACCAGUUUCUGUUUCAUUUGUCUGCUGCAUCUCGCGAACGAGCGUGGUCUUAAGAUUCGAUCCGACGAAGCUGACGAAGGGGCAGUUGUCGAGGAAGAAGAGCGGAAAGUUGGCAGGAUAUGGGAUUUGAAGGUAUACAGGGAUCCAGAGGCAUAACCCGUCUUUCUUGUUUUCUCUGUUCGCGUAUCUUCGAUGUAUCUCUUGCGUAUAAGUGCUAUCGCUUCGGUCUUUAUGAUGAUAUCUUAUUACUGGCUACUUCCCUGAUUAGUGUUGUCUCUACUUCAUGACGUUGGGUAGGACACAUUGUCUCCACGCUCACAGAUCG